AAAAAAAAAAGCAAAAAAAGCCCAGCGAAGCGGCGGGCGGCGCCGUCUCGGUCUUCGCCCCUCGGCGCCCUUCUUCCGGCCCGGAGCAGGUAUUUGAAGGGCAAAAGAAUAGAAGGGGAAAGUGACAUCACAACUAAACAGUCCAGUCACAAGAAUUAUAACUCCUCUCCAGGCUUCAACAGAGUUCUAGCUCUUACAAGAAAGAUGGUAAGGGAAAGGAUGAACCUUUAAUGAGGGGAAAAGUUUAAGUACCUUCUUUUAAAAAGUGGUAUCUUAUCAAGAAUAAGGUCAGUGCAAUGGCUCAAGAGUCUCCCAAAAAUUCAGCAGCAGAAAUUUCUGUAACUACCAAUGGCCAGCUUGAAGAUUCUCAUGAACACAAUUUUAACAGGGAUUUGAAACAUUCAUUACCAGUUGGACUUGGACUCUCUGAAACCAAAAUAACAUCUCAUGGCUCUGACAACACCAAAGAGGGAGUCAUAGAAGCAGGACCAUUCCAAGGUUCCUCAGCAUCACCCAAAUCAUCUGUUAUAUCUCCUAGCAGUGCAGCAGCUAGCAGACUGGCUGGACAAGGUUGUGAUUUAAUUAUUCCCACAGGUGGCAGAAUGCAGCAGAAAAGUGGGCCAGUUGUGUUAGCAGAUGAAGUAAAGAAUCCAGCCAUGGAAAAAUUGGAACUUGUAAGAAAAUGGAGCCUAAACACUUACAAGUGUACUCGUCAGAUCAUCUCGGAAAAGUUGGGACGUGGCUCAAGAACAGUAGACCUGGAACUGGAAGCCCAAAUAGAAAUACUAAGGGAUAACAAAAAAAAGUAUGAAAAUAUCUUGAAACUGGCACAGACUUUGUCCACACAGCUCUACCAGAUGGUACAUACCCAAAGGCAACUUGGAGAUGCAUUUGCAGACCUGAGUUUGAAAUCAUUGGAACUCCAUGAGGAGUUUGGAUACAACGCAGACACUCAGAAACUUCUAGCUAAAAAUGGAGAGACCCUUCUUGGGGCUAUUAACUUUUUUAUUGCCAGUGUGAACACGCUGGUGAAUAAAACAAUUGAGGAUACCUUACUGACUGUGAAACAAUAUGAAAGUGCCAGGAUUGAGUAUGAUGCCUAUCGCACAGACCUAGAAGAACUGAAUCUUGGCCCUCGUGAUGCAAACACUCUGCCAAAGAUUGAGCAGUCACAGCAGCUAUUCCAAAUGCAUAAAGAAAAAUAUGACAAAAUGCGCAAUGAUGUAUCUAUCAAACUGAAGUUCUUGGAGGAAAACAAGGUUAAAGUAUUGCACAAUCAGCUCGUGUUGUUCCACAAUGCCAUUGCAGCGUACUUCGCUGGGAAUCAGAAGCAACUUGAACAGACGCUUAAACAGUUCCACAUCAAAUUGAAAACUCCUGGAGUAGAUGCUCCAUCUUGGCUUGAAGAACAGUAAUCAAUACAGAGAAGAGGACCCAUUGUUAACCUAGGAUCUGUAUAUCUAAUAAGAAUUAAGGGGUUGGGGCUGAAGGAUGGUUGUAGUGAUUCUUGCACAAAUAGCUUUAAUUUUCUUCCUUUUUGUAAUACUGUAAAAUUGAAUUUGGUGGGAAUGUGGGUGGCUUUAAAGUAACCAAACAUAUAAUUUCUGUCAUUUCAAAUUUAGAGCACUCCUUUUGUAUGUGAGGGUUGAUGGCUAUUUCUGUAAUUCAGAAAAAAAAAUCUAAUAUAGAUUUGCACUGACAAGAUGUUUGUGGUUUCUGGUCAUUGUGGUGGCUAGUCAAAAUAUUUCCAAAGGGAGGUUUACAUGAUUUGUACCAACUUCUGAUAUUUUGUAUAUGAAUAUAGAAAACAUCUUUAAUGAUUCAUUUUCAUGUAAUUGUGUUUUAAAAAGGAGAGAGUAAAAAAAGAAUAUUUUGCAGAUUAAUAAUAUAAAGCCUUUGUGCAGUACCUGCAGAGAGGCAACAGCUGUACUAGAUGUCUGGCUGACUCAUGGAAUUGCAGCAAAUACCUUUUUAAAAGGUGAAUCUGUAUUUUUCCAUUGUAUGUUAAAAACAAAAACACUAAGGAAGUGAGAAUCACUGUCAGUCUGAAGCUUCUAAGCACAUAUUUUAGCUUUGCCUCAAGUGGUUUGCUAGGUAAAGCCAACCAUUUGCUGUACUAAUUUCAUUUUUAAACGUUACUUUCUGUAUGAUACAAAUACCGUAAUAGCCUUAAAUCACAGGUAUGUGCCUUUUUAUAAGAUACUACUUUCAACCAGUGUACGUGAUUCACAACACAGCCCUGUCAAGACAGGGGUUUGUCUCUGUUCCCAACAAGGGAAAAGAACUGCAUAGAUGUUAUGUUUCUUUGAACACUUUAGACCAAGUGAAAACUUUCAGUAACCUUUAUGGAGUGAUGCGUGUUUUGAGACAUAGGGGGCCAGUAUGAUUUUCAACUGCAGAGCAUGCAUUAGCAACAGGGAUAAUGUGGAUGAUGUAUUUGUUUCAUUUCUCCAUCAGUGAUAUAAUUGUUUAGUGUAAAGUUCUAUAUAUUAAUUUUAUCAUAGGCAUUUUAAAUUCAACAUAUUGGAGUCCUCAUUUGCACAAGUUUCAUUGCUUUGUGUUCUGUUAAGUAAAAUGAAGUACUUAAGGUAUGUUAUUUACAGCUAUGUGGAUGGUAUGAUUUAUGUACUGUAUGUUUAAAUGCAUUUCAGUUGAUGUUUCUUAAAAUGGUUUUUCAGUGCUUAACAUAAUGUAAUGUACCUGUAAAUCAAACAUUUUUAAUCAUUCCUCAUUAAAUUCAUAGUCUGACAGAGCCUUCUUUAUUUUCCUGUUCUGUCAGAAUUUCUCUUGUAAUAGCUGAUUUACAUUCCCCAGAAUGUAUCUCUGUUGUGAACUUCGUAUUCAUAUUAAAGGUGUUUGCUGCA